AUGGCGGCCAGGCGGGAGUCCUUACCGGAGCUCUGGUCAUACGGAGUGUGUGAGGACGGCCGGGUGUUCUUCAUCGAGUGAGUAAUAAUAAUAAUAACAACAACAACCUGGGCAGUAACAGUACCCGCGGAGUAAUGAGUAUUAAUACCGACCGAGGGAGUAACAGGUGUGCUGGGAGUAUGCAGAGUGAGAGCAGGGGGGAAUUACUACUAGAGCAGAGUAAGUGCAGGGGGGUAUUAAUACUAAACAAAGUGAGAGCAGGGGGAAUUAAUACUAAACAAAGUGAGAGCAGGGGGUAUUAAUACUAAACAAAGUGAGAGCAGGGGGUAUUAAUACUAAACAAAGUGAGAGCAGGGGGAAUUAAUACUAAACAAAGUGAGAGCAGGGGGAAUUACUACUAAACAAAGUGAGAGCAGGGGGUAUUACUACUAAACAAAGUGAGAGCAGGGGGGGGUUAAUACUAAACAAAGUGAGAGCAGGGGGUAUUACUACUAAACAAAGUGAGAGCAGGGGGUAUUACUACUAAACAAAGUGAGAGCAGGGGGGAAUUACUACUAAACAAAGUGAGAGCAGGGGGAAUUAAUACUAAACAAAGUGAGAGCAGGGGGAAUUACUACUAAACAAAGUGAGAGCAGGGGGAAUUAAUACUAAACAAAGUGAGAGCAGGGGGAAUUAAUACUAAACAAAGUGAGAGCAGGGGGAAUUAAUACUAAACAAAAGUGAGCAGGGGGGUAUUAAUACUAAACAAAGUGAGAGCAGGGGGUAUUAAUACUAAACAAAGUGAGAGCAGGGGGGUAUUAAUACUAAACAAAGUGAGAUUAGGUAGAGUAUUAACACCCGAGCAGUGAUAGUAACCCAGAGAGUAACAGGUGAGCUCUGGGAGUAUUAAUACUAAUAGGAGAUGGGAGAUUGUUGGUUGGAGAAUGAGUAUUAAUAUUGCAGGUGGGGGUAUGACUACUAAAAGUGAGAGCAGAGGAAGUAUGCUAUCCAGGAAGCCAGUGAGUAUUAAUAUAGGAGUUGGCAGUAACAGGUGUGCUUUGAGUAUUAAUACUAACUUAACCCCUUAAGGACACAUGACAUGUGUGACAUGUCAUGAUUCCCUUUUAUUCCAGAAGUUUGGUCCUUAAGGGGUUAAGAGGGCAGAUUGUUGCAGGCUGAGCAGGUGGCAGUAACCUGUGUGCUGGGAGUAUUAAUACUGAUUAGAUAUAGAAGAUUUUUGGUUAGAGAGUGAGUAUUAAAAGUUGCAUGUGGCACAAACAGUUGGGCUGCGAGUAUUAAUAAUAACUGUGGAGGAGGGCUGUUUUUGAAUGGACGAGGAGGAUGUGAGUAUUAAUAUAGCAGGUGUCAGUAACAGGUGUGUUUAGGAGUAUUAAUACUUAUUGGAAAAGGGAGAUUGUUGGUGAUGAGAGUAUUUAUACUGAAUGCCACUUUUUCCACCCCCAGUGACCUGACACACAACACAACCUGGCUGCAUCCCAGGACUGGGGAACCUGUCAACUCGGGACACAUGAUUCGCUCAGGUAACUGUACACACAAUAUAGUAACAAACACAAUAUGUAAUGCACUGUAUAAGCAAUAUGGACAUUCAUUCUGACUUUCAUGUAAUCCUAUCUUUGCUAUGGGAGGUUUGCUUACAUCCCUCUUGUUCCUAAACUGCAAGAAGUCAGUCUUGGCGCAAAGUUGAGGAUGCCCCUAUUUUUUGGGUAAUUGGCUAAAAAAAACAAAAAACAUUUUGGAGAAAGGGACACUAAUACGAUAAUUAUUCACAUUUAAUGACUCACCGUCUGAGCCUUUUACAUAAUUUGCAAAGACACUUGACAAAGACAUUGCCGCUGUGUGUACGGUGGCCAAGGGUUUUAGAGAAAUGUGAGAAAUACUUACCUGAACCUAUCCAUCGGGUGUGCUGCCAUGCAGUUCGGUCAGGUCCUCUUCAGCUCCUGGCUGUUUAGCUGCGAGGAGCCGAUGUCAGUGCUCUACUCCUCUGCGAGUGUACAGCAUUGAGUUCUAUGGAGGAUUCCGCGAAAUCCUGCAUAAACAAAGUUUUGACAAGCCUAGGCUCUGCCUAGGAAAAAUAUUGUGACAAAGUAGUAUUUGCUUUGUCUUAUAUCUUUUAACUGGGUUGAAAUUCCAACACAGUCAAUGUGAGUGUUUCAUAAAGAUUUAUCUUUAUGAAAUACUCUUUUUGGCGUAGGCAGGAGUGUGACAGAGCCACUUUAAGUUGAGUUCUUUGUUCACAAGUUCCCAAAUGACUUUACCACUGGUACCAAGAACAUCAGGGCAAUCGAGAGCCUCAAGGUGCCAAUCAUUGUCAUCACACACCUGGAAAGAUUACGUGUACCCACUAUAUAGGUUGAUUGCACAAACAUUACUAACAUAGUAACAUCCCCUGGAUGUUGGGCAAAAGUAACAUCCACAGGACGUACUUGAAAACCAGAGUAAUCUGAAUGUACCUUUCCUAGUGAAAUACUUUAUUAUUAUUUGUAAAAAAAAAUGUGAUAUUUGUAUACCUGUUGUUCUAAACAUAAUUAUCCUUGUCCCUGUUUUAUACUAACUUUUGGUAUAUCUUUUUCCUUCCUUGCCAUUUGUGAUAUUUUGUAAUAGUGAAUAUCUACCCUCAUUGGUUAAUAAUUACAAUGGUAAAUAUGUUCGCGCUGGCACCUGUCUAGCAUGGCAGGAAUGUGGAUAAAACCAUGUGCUUAUCACAGGUGAGUGGCUGCUGUCUGUUGACCCUUAGAAUGGAUAGUUUUUGGUUAAAUAAUGUCUGAACAGCUCUAAAAACCCCUCUUGCUGCCCCAGAUCAUUGCUGUUUUUUUCCCUGCAAUGUGAGCGAAUGUGAACAGAACUUCUGGUUCUUGCUUGUUUGUGUCUUGUUUAAUGAAAUGCCAUGUUUCUGUGUAUUUCCUUUUCCAGAUCUGCCCAGGGGAUGGGAGGAAGGUUUCACAGACGAAGGUGCCAGCUACUUCAUUGAGUGAGUCUUUGCUAUCAUGUUUUUGGUGUUUCAUUAGUAGGCAAUGCCCAGCGCUGGGCCAUUUGUGGCACCAUGUUUGCAUAGAGGAGAGAUCUACCUACGGACAUUGCUUUCAGCAUCGUUGUUGAAUUUUGAAGCUAAACCUAUACUAUAUUACUGUAUAUCUCUCUGUAUACAUGACUGUCCUGAGAACACAAUGACUGUCCUGAGAACACACUAAGCGCCAGCAGUAUGCAUUGCUUACUAUGGGGUCCGGGUGGGGAAAUGGCAGCCCCUCAAGUGCUUUUUAAAAUUAAUGCCCAUGGUUCUCUGUGAACCAUACAGGGGUGUCUAAGACGUAAGGUGGUAGGGAAAUUGUAGUCCACACUCUGAGCUACGUGGUGCAGAACGCACCCCAUUCCCACAGCAGCUCACUUUCAGAGGGUGUUUGAAACACAUGGCUCCAUCUCGUACUUAAAAGUGGAGCAAUCGCCAUGGAAACCAGUGGAAUGUUUCUGCUGAUUACUUUGGUUUCCAUGGUGAUUGAUUUAUCACACUUUUAUAUUACCAACAUUUAGACGAGAAGGAAUAUUUUGGGGAGAAUUUGUCUCAGUUUUUAUAAUAAUAAAUUAUAAAAACAAGUGAAUUACAGUUGAACAGAUAUGUAGCACAAACUCCAGAUUUUGUUUAGUUUUGAUCAGAACAUGUACAAUUGCCUCAGUCCUCAAGGGGUUAAUAUCCUCUUUCUAUAAUUGUACGGCACUGCAGAAUGUUUGUGGUAGUAAUAAUAAUAAUAAUACCCCUGUACUUAUGAUACAGAUGGGGUUUAUGUUAUAACUGACUCUCCAAGUGUCUCUGCUAACAGAUCAGUAGAAUCUGUCUCCUCCUGAUUUGCAAAUCACUUUUUCGAUUUUUGUAAUUUCUUUUAACUAUUGGCUUUAUUUAUUUAUAUUCUACCUUUUUCUGUGUAUUUUACACACAUGCAUGUAGAGUAACUGCAUACUUAUCAUGGGGUGUGAGAUAAGUGUUCAGAAUUAACUGUGAUGAGGAAUUGUGCCACAGGAGGAAAGCUGUAUGAAAUCAUAUUUCAAUUAAACAUCUACUUUCUUGCCAUAAUGUGAAUGCAGUUGACCUUCCGAUUUAUUGACCGUGGUAGAAAUAUUCCUGGAAUGUUGACACAUUUUAUGCCAUUUUAGUUAGGAACAUGACCCUUGUCCAGAGCUCAGGGAUGGUGGAAUGUUUGGUAGAAGCUUUGACUGAUCUAUAUAUAAUCUACCUCUUUGCAAAGUGAGCAAACUGUAGAAAAAUCUAAAUCAAACCAAUCUCUGGUAUGACCAACCUUGGGUUUGAAAAUUGCAAGUACUCUGGACUGAUUAAUCAAAAUUUUAAAUAUUUGGCUGUAGUAGAAAUCCGUUUGUUUGUCGAAGGGGUGGAGAAUGGUAGAAGAAUGAUUUUCUGUAGGCAACAGUAGAGCACUGAGGAGAUUUCUUGCAAGCUUGGGGCUGUAUUUCUGCAAAUGGAGUUGGGGACUUGGUCCUCAAAACUGAGAAGGAUAUAAUGCAGUACCUUCAUGGAUUCAGGGGAUUGACACUAAAUUUAACUGCCGAGCUCCUUGCACAACUAUGUGCAAGUGUACUUAGAAGAAUUGGUGCUUUUUCAAAGGCAUAGUAUAGUCACUCCAAAUAUUGAUUUCAAUUAGAUUUUUAUUCUGUUCACUCACUUUGCUUGUCAUUAAAGGAACAUUGUAGCGUUACAAAUAUAAACAUAUUUUCUUUGAGAAAUCGGCACUUUUAAAUCAAGUAAGAAACACCUCCCUGGUUUUCAACCAGCACUAGUGCGCAUGUAAGGGCAUGUGUCUACAAGGUUCCAUUUUUACCUGACCUCCGGUGGCACUUCAUCCUCCUCCCUGGCUGCAGCUUCCUCCUUGCAAUUAAAAAGGGAAAGGAGUCUUAAAACUCAUCAGGCACUAGGGUACUAUAGCGUUAGGAAUGAUGGUUUGUAAAUGGAAAAUGGAGCAUCUCCUGAAAAAAGUUCAACACAAAUUAUAGGUGUGUUUUCAAUGUUUUACUCAAUGGCACAACUCCUACAAAGUGACUUUAGGUGGAUUACUAUUGUAAAUAUGGAGAAUAUCUGUAAUAAUUUUAAGAUUUUCCUCAGACAAUUAAUAUAAUUUGCUCUUUGUCAAUAUUCCAUGUUUUCAUACUCCAUUUUUAUAAAUUAUUUAAACCUAAGCCUGAUGUUAAAGUUAAACAAGACAGAACCCAAGACUACACAGAAAACCAACUUCAUUAGCUUUCCCGCGAGCUGCCCGCUUUACGCUCUGUUUCUGUCACUUGAUUUACUCUGCUCGGGGUAAAGCAUACUCUGUCAUAUAUAAUAGAUGUGCCUAAGUUGUAGUGUAGGGCUGUCCAGGCACCGUCAAUAUAGAGAAUUAUGUGAAAUGAAGUCUGCCGCCACCUGGAUGAUUGUAGUGUUCUGUUAUAAAGCAUGCUGUCCAAUCUAUCCACCCAUAUGAACUGAAGUGAGUGACACAUGGGGCGGUGAUUUAUUUAUUUAAAAAAAUAAAUUAAAAAAGGGGUCUGAAAGUUGAGAAAUCACCAUGGAAAGCAGUGAACCAGCAGGCGCAUUGCUUUGGUGACUCCACCCCUUUUACAUUUUUGCACAAGUUUUUAGAAAGGGCAUUUUGAUAAAUAUCCUCCUCUACAUGUUCUAUGCCAUUGUCUGCAACCCCUAUAAUUCUACACCUGAGGCUCCAAUAUCUCACUGGGUAUUUAACACACAACUCUGCUGGGUUCCUUCACAUUGAAUUACUGGAUAAAAUAGCAGUCUUUAUAUUUUUCUUGUGGACUAAUUUGAUGUAAAGUGCUUGUAUUAUUAUUUACUGUUAUAUUUUGCGGUAAACCGGAUUUCUUUGCACGCCUGGUUGUAUAGUAUGCUUUAUUUGUACGCUCGGUUGAAUUGUCCGUCUCCCCCUUGGUGUUAUACCUAUUGUUAAAACAUUUAACCCCUCUUAUUGACUGAAGACUAGCGCUGCACCAAUGAUUAUUAACCCUUUGUAUUUACUGAGGACUAACGCUGCAAUAAUGGCUAUUAACGCUUUGUUUCUAUUAAAGACUUGUGCUGCACUAUUGAAUAUUAACCGCUUUUAUUUAUGUAAACCUGAAGCACUGUUAACCCAUUUUAUUUAUACGAAACUGAAGCUGAAGCAGUGACUAUAACCCCUUUGUUUUACAGAAGUCUUCUGUUUUAAGAUUAUUAACCCCUAUUUACCUAAAACUAGCUCUGGAGCAGUGACUUAACGCCUUGUAUUUUCUUAAAACUACAGCUGGAGGAGUGGUAAUUAACACCUCCUAUUUAAGUAGUGCUAUAGGAUUAACUAUUACCUCUUUACAUUUACCUAAAACAAGCACUAAAUCAAUGACUUUCUCUUUACCUCUUGUGUAUCAAUUCUAACCACACUGUGUGAUUGGAAAGUGAUGUGGAAAAUGGUGUUGCCAGGUAAAGGCCAAUAGUAAUAGAAAUAUUAAUCUUUGUUGAUAUAUUUUUCAAGUUGUACAAUGUUGCCAGUCAGUGUUGGGCUGUUGAUGACUGGGCUGAUAUUAUCACCUGGAGACGUUCUUUUUAAUCUGUCAACAAUGUUAUGUAACCCUUCCUGUGUUUCCUUCUCCCCUGGAAUGAGCAGAUUUUGGGAGAACCUGCGCUGUCCCUGGUUUUUGUUUUAUCUAAAAGCAGCUUGUGUUGUCCUUGGUUCCUCUUGCUGUCACCCCACAGGCUGGAAAAUGUCCACAAACACCCAAAAGACUUCGAAGCAUUGCCCGGUGUAUCUUUGGCUUAGAGCACAACUUAUUUUUUAGGCAAUUAAUAACACAAUCUGAACGAUUAUUUAACUACUUGUAUGUUUUUUUAUUUAUUUUGGGUAAACUGCAUCUGAAAGUUGUCGUCUUUUACUUCCCUUUUUAUUCUGUUGAUGAAUAACGUAAAUUUGUUGAUUUUUAUCCCAGUGUGAGCAUUCUCUUUCUGGAGGCUGUGAUUGUUUGAGGUGAAUAUUGUUAUAUUAGGUGCUGCCUCGAGGUUAGCGCUAUUGUUUAAAGUGGAUAUUAUUAUUAAAUUAGCUGCUAUCUCUGAAUUCUAGUUGCCAAGUUGAACUUUCUGAUUUUCUCAUUCGCACAAAACUAGUCCAUAUCUGCAGUAGGAAUAGACCGAUUAUCGGUUCCAAUUAUUUAUUAGAGCCGAUAUUCAACAUAAUUCUGAUUAUCGGUAUCAGGCUUGUUGUUCCUGUCACCGCACGCCCUCUUGCCCAUCCCAAAACUCCAAUUGCAAGCCAAUGAGGCACCAUGUCCUGACCUCAUGUCACCAAUCCCUGUGAGUCUCAGCAUAUGGAGCUCAGUUGAAGACAGGGUGGUGAGACUGUGAAUAAUCUACUGUAAUUUACUGGUCUGGUUGCCUUAGAUUGAAAGGACUGUGAUUGCUGUCAGCAUGUUCACUUAAUGCCAUAUUUGUGCGGAAAUGGUGUUGCAUUUUCAAAACUUGUAUAGAAUAUUGUCAACUGGCCAAAAGGUGACUGGUAAUCUGCAUUAGCUCUGGAAAUAGAUGUCAGUCGAUCUCUAAUCUACAGCUUUUGACCAUGUGGAGCCUGUUAUGUUUAUGCCAAGGUAUUUAAUAGUCUCAUUAUGUUGUGCAGGACAUGGUAAAGCACAUUUAUGCUGAGAAUCUUUCGAUCAUUAGUUUGUGUGUGAUUGUCUGUCACCUUACAAAAAGCUCUAUUACUGUACAUGGGGCAGCCGGUAAUCCAAUUCCUACAGGACGCUCACUGUCCCCAAUUUAGCCAAUUUCACAGGAAUAGGGCUUAUUCACUAAGAUGUGAAUUAGGAGAUACUGACGUGCAAGAUACACACUCAGCUGGCUGAGCCAGCACAUUUCAUAACAUGGCAUUUUAUUCUUUAAAAAUAGGCUUUCAAAGAUCCAAAGCUUAAUUGGUUAAUUUUGGCUAUUUUGCUCUACAUUUAGUUUUCCAGUGAUUUCAACUCACUGUUUAGUGCUAAACCCCUUUAUUUUGGUCUAAAUUCUGCAUGUCUGUUGCCAGUCGACAACAACUCUGUCUGGAAGUAGAGACUUGGAAUGUCUUAAUAUUUCCUGGUUGGUGUACUAUAACAUGCAAAUCAGGUAGGAAAUACAUGUUUGGGUGUUUGCUUUUUACUGUCAUUUCAUACUGUGUAGGCACUCCCAUUGUAUGCAUGGUUUUAAAGGUGUGAAUUCCUCUCGGGGGUGCGUUAUUCUGUCACUGCAUAAAUAUGUUCUGCAAGUAAAUAGUUAAUACCGCCAGUUAAUCUUUGUUAAAUGCCAUUAGAACGACCUUUAUGCCUAAGAGGAAAGCAGUUUUUGGAAGUUAAAAGCAGUUUGUUCUGCGUGAUUGUGCAUACAGUGUUUAGUUCGUGAAUUGGAUACUAAUAAUACACAAUAUGUAGCAAAGGAUUUUUCUUGCCAAAGUCUACCAAAAGGACAGAAAUUUGGAAAGAUUAAAUACAGGGCUUUCUGAUUAGUUCAGAAAUUGCUCAGAUCAAACAUAGAGAUUUUCCUGACAUAUGGUGGCAGUACAAUAGGCAUGUAUUCUUCCCAUGGGACAAGCUCCUGAAAUUAAAAAAAAAUUACAUAAAAGUUCCUCCCCCAACAGGUAUAAGACACCAACCUGCCAUGGACCCUCAGUUCUGUUUCUUGUUCCAUGAGGAACGGACGGCAUCUGGAUUUUGUGGUGAGGCACAUGGGUUGCUGCCUGGGGGACCCGGCCUGAUGGCCUCCCGGGUGGAAAACUGAGUGGCCUGCGUGCAUCCUGCAGGAAUUACGGAGCAGGUAUGUUUCACUUGCUUUAUGCCGAGUGCGGUCACCGGCAAAGUAAGGAGGAGGUCUCUAGUGGCAGCAAGUCACUGCUCGAGCGGGACGCAUGUGCACAUCGGUGGAAUGCACGCCCGGGAGGUAAUGCGUUCCACCGGAGUUCUGACUGUGCUACUGUGCAUGCCCGCUCGGAAUUCCUGGAAAUAACGACAAAUGUGAAUGAAUGCUGCCUAUUUAAGCUGUGCAGCUCUUACACAGCUGCUUGACAGGAAGGAUCUCCCGUGUCACCAGUCCCCCCUCCCCCCCACACGGGUCAGAGGUUUUAGAGGUGAGAUUUUUCAGUCUCUGAUCUUUAAGACCUCUUUGUCUAUCUUAUUAUAAUUAAAAAAAUUUCAACAAUUUCAUAAUUGCUUUAUGUUUUGCAGAUAUGUCUAGUCCUGUCUCUCCAGAUAUUAUGGAUAAACACGAGGUGCCUGCUCCUGCUGCUAAAAAAGCCAGUUAUUAG